ACAUUCCUGUACAAUCCGGCAUUUCAAGUGACCGAUUUCCAAAAUGGCGUCGUUGAUGCUGAGAGCUGCGUUUAGACAGCCAAUGGCUGCUGCUGCCGUCAAAAACUCAGUGUUUGUGAAAUCAAGCGGCCCAAUGAGCACUAUUCAGGCCUACAAACAGAUGGAGGAAUACUGGAACAAGAAUCGUGCUCUGAAGCGUCCUCUUUCCCCACAUCUCUCCAUUUACAAGCCACAAGUGACGUCAAUGCUCUCCCUUGGUCACAGAGUGACUGGAAUCGGAAUGGCUGUCAGUGUCACGGGUGCUUCAAUAUUUUUGCUGCUCGCCCCAGGGAACUUUGAGCAUUACCUGACCCUUCUACAGGGCCUUCAGAUGGGCCCUGCCAUUAUCAUUGCUGCCAAAUACAUUCUGGCUUUCCCCAUCAGCUACCACUACGUCAAUGGAAUCAGGCAUCUGGCCUGGGAUUGGGCCUGGGGCUUUGGUCUGCAGUUCCUCUACAAGACAGGAUUCUUCGCUCUUUCUCUUGCCCUUAUUGCUGCGUCAAUAUUGGUGUUCGCUUUUUAAGCAAGACUAAACAAUUGAGACUGUAUAGACCCCCAACCACCUCCCCUAAUGAUUUAUUUGACAUUUUUAAGUCUGUGAUCCCAGCUUUACUCAUUGUAUGUUUAUACUUUGAGUUCUAUUACUAGUAUGUAAGUCGUGGAUAAGAACAAGGCUCACAAGUAUUUUUUCCUGAUACAGUUUCUGGAGUUUAAUUGUUUGCUUUAUUGUAUAUAAAUGUCUUUAGUGAUUAUCUUUUUGUAUUGUGAGAUAUUAUUUAGUAGUAUAGUAAAAAGUGCUUUUAAAGAGAUUGAUAGAUUUACUUCUUUUGGUGCAGGGGCUAUUCUGUAUUAAUGUCACAAUAUUAUUGACGUUAUUAAAGUGCUUACAAUAAAGGCAUGAAAUCUCAAAUUUAUUACAAAUUAUUAUGGCAGUUUACUGUAUGUAUAAUAAAUCAUGUUGCAACAACAUUGAACUAUUAAACAAUGUAUUUAGUUUUAAAACUAAACUUAAACUUAAGACUUUGUUAAUGUGUUAGAGUGCCAUAUGUUUGUAAUUUCAGUUAUAACAUCUAACUUUUGUGAAACAAUUGUUAAUAUGUUACUUCUUUAAAGCCAUGUAUUGGUCUAAAAUAAAAUUCAAAUGUUUUACAAUAUAUGUGUAUAUGCUUAAAUUCUUUUUAAAGGCAAUAUAUGAAGUUUUUAGGGAUGGCAUGGAAUACUUAUAUUGGUAUCCAAAUACUCACAAAUCCAUUCAAUCGAAUAUUGAAAUAUUUGCAUUUAACAGUUGGAAUGUAUUACCUUUUGUUUUCUGCAAUGUGUAAAAGGGAUUUAAAUUGUUUGUAUAAGUCCCUGGUUAUAACCGUUUGCCGAUUACUUAUAAGGUUGUUGCUUUUGUUAUCUUUGCUAUAGAGUUAUCUCAUCGCUGUGAACUGAAUAUUUGACAGAUACUCAAAUCGGACACAAAUAAAAGGAUAAAAACAA